AUGCCUAAACGACCAAAAAUUGUCUCCGUAUACAAUGACAUUGAUAAAGAAAACACUCAGGAUGCUGUCCUCCCAAUUGUUACUCGAGACGAGGCAUCUCAUAGAAGAAAAUUAAGAAAAUUAUACUUGGAUAAUAAGAAAUCAAAUGUGGGAACUACAUCGUCAUCCCUCAAUAUUGAUUCCACUAAUAUUAAUUCCACUUCCACUCCGUGUGUUACAUCUGAUAACAUAGUCAACAGAAUUGGUUUUCACAAUUUUGAAUCCACUCCUGAGGUGACUAAUAAUGUUAAUCCAAGUCCUUCAAAUAUUGUAACAAGUAACAUUAUUUGUAGUACCAGCAAUCGUACAACGAGAAAAAACGAUAUUGGGAAUAAUAUUUCAACUGGCAUCACAUCAACCACCUGCACAUCAUCAUUGAACCGUAAUUUGCAAAGGCUAUCAUCUGGGAAACGUAAGUUGGUAUCCAAAGCACGUAUUUCGUCUCCUAUACCAAUGAUCGACUUGACCACAGACGAAACCGUAGAACGAGAUCCUUAUAAAGGUGUUUCUACAGAUUAUUUGGAUCACGGUGAUCAAGUUAUUACUUGUGAAGUUUGUUAUGCAAAGUUAUGGGACGCAGAGAAAGGAAGCGGAAGAAAAGAGGGUGGCAAAAUAUGUCAUAUGUUAUGUUGUGGUUAUGCCAAAGUUGUCUUACCGGAUUACAAAACCGCGACACCUUAUUAUAAAAGUCUAUUCAUGUCCAAUGACAAUGAAAGCAAGCACUUUUUGAAGAACAUUCGACGUUACAAUUCUAUGUUCGCGUUUACCUCAAUGGGUGGUAAGGUUGACCAAACCGUGAAUACUGGUAAUGCUCCUUUUUGCUACAGAAUUAGUGGUGAAAAUUACCAUUCUAUUGGUAGUCUUGUGCCACCAAACGGAGGGAAGCCUAAAUUUUGUCAGUUAUACAUAUACGAUACUGAAAAUGAGUUGGCAAACAGGUCUUCAGACAAUGUUUCCUCAUCAUCCACUUCAGAUGAAACUGAUAAUAAGCUGAUACAACAAAUCAAAGCAAUGUUUGAUGCCGAAAAUGUGCUUGUGAAAAUUUAUAGGAUGCUUCGCCUAAUUGGCAAAAGAGAACAAGAUGGUCGGACUUAUAACUUACCUACUUCCUCAGAGGUUGCUGCUCUUAUUGUUGGAGAUAUCGAUAACGCACUUGAGAAAAGAGAUAUCGUUGUCGAGACACAAACAGGUUCAUUAAAAAGAAUAAGUGAAUUGCAUCCUUCCUAUCUUGUACUUCAGUAUCCUAUUUUGUUCCCAUAUGGAGACGACGGUUACAGAAUUGACAUACCACAUAGGGGUGUCAUUGAUGUUACUAACAAGAAACGUCCGAAUUGUACAAUGAGAGAGUUUUUUGCGUAUCGUGUACAAGAUCGUAGUAACCAGUUUUCAUUGAUUCUAAAUUCCCGACGGUUAUUCCAACAGUUUUUGGUUGAUGCUUAUACGAUGAUUGAGAGCGAGCCACUUAACUUUAUAAGAUUUCAGCAACAAGAUCUCAGGUCUGAUACAUAUGAGAAUAUCCGGAAACUAAGAUAUAACGGCCAACAAGAUUUGUCUAAGGUUGGAAAACGUAUUUUCCUUCCAUCUUCCUUUACAGGCGGGUCACGAUAUAUGAUGCAAAACUAUCUUGACGCAAUGGCAAUUUGUAAAUGGUAUGGUUAUCCAGACUUUUUUAUAACCAUUACCUGCAAUCCCAAAUGGCCGGAGGUUCAAAGGUUUCUUAAGGACACAAAUCUUAAUCCGGAGGAUAGGCCUGAUAUUUUAUCUCGAAUUUUUAAAAUAAAGCUGGAUUCAAUUUGUAAAGAUUUGAAAGACCGUGAUUUGUUUGGAAAAGCUUCUGCUGUUGUUUACACUAUUGAGUUUCAGAAGCGAGGAUUGCCUCAUGCGCAUAUGUGCUUAUUCAUGGAGAAUGAUUACAAACUUCCAACUGUAGACCAUGUUGAUCAGUUUAUUUCUGCAGAAAUCCCUGAUUUAAACCAAGACCCGGAACUAUAUACGCUUGUGAAAGACCAUAUGAUUCACGGUCCAUGUGGUAAUGCUAGAAUGAGCUCUCCAUGUAUGGUUGAUAGAAAAUGUUCAAAAGGUUUUCCCAAGAAAUUUCAAGAUCACUCAACCUUGGAUUCUAACGGAUUUCCCUUAUACAGAAGAAGAGAUGACGGUUCCUUCGUUUUAAAAAAUAAAAUUCAGUUAGACAACAGAAGUGUUGUACCUUAUAACAAAAAGCUUUUGAAAAGAUAUCAGGCGCAUAUAAACGUUGAAUGGUGCAACCAAGCGGCGUCAAUAAAGUAUUUGUUCAAGUAUAUUAAUAAAGGUCCUGAUAGAGCAACAGUUGCUGUGGUUCCGAGCAAUAAUGAAAACGAGCAAGCAGAAAAUGAUGAAAUUAAAGAGUAUUAUGACUGUAGGUAUAUAUCUGCGUGUGAAGCCUCUUGGAGGAUUUUUUCUAAUGAAGUUAAUUAUAGGAGACCUUCUGUUAUGCGUCUUCCUUUCCAUCUUCCUGGACAACAAACAGUUUGUUUCGGUCCUGAUGAAGAUAUUAAUCAAGUGCUAAACAAACCAUCUGUGAACUCAUCAAUGUUUUUAGCUUGGAUGCAACGUAAUCAAGAUCCUAACGACCAUGUUGCACGUACACUAACAUAUGUACAGUUUCCGCGUUUUUAUGUGUGGAAGCUUGACAAGCGUAUAUGGGUUCCGAGAAUAAAAGGAAAAACAAUUGGAAGAAUUCAUUCCCUUUCUCCUUCUACCGGUGAAGCGUACUAUUUAAGAAUUCUUCUUAACAAAGUUAAAGGACCAACAUCGUUUGAUGAUAUUAAAACAGUUAAUGGUCGAGUGUACGAUACUUUUAGAGAUGUUUGCUAUGCGCUUGGUUUGUUGGAUGACGACUCGGAGUACAUUGAGGCCAUCAAAGAAGCAAAUAUAUCAGGUAGUGCAGGUUAUAUUCGCAAUUUAUUCGCCACCAUGUUACUGUCAAGCACAUUAUCUAGACCUGAAGUUGUCUGGGAAAGCACAUGGAAGUAUAUGACAGAUGAUUUUCUGUACAGAUUCUCAAAGUAUCAUCGUUUAUCAAUUCCUGAUGAGCAACUAAAGAACUAUGUUUUAUGCGAAAUCGAGAAGUUUUUAACUCGGAAUAAUUCAUCGCUUCGGAGAUUUUUAUCAAUGCCUUACCCGGAUACUUCAUCUUUAGAUAACUUUCGCUGCCGAUUGAUUAACGAAGAGCUUGCUUAUGACAGAUCAGAGUUACAAAAUGUUUAUCAAGGUCAGGUGAAUUUGUUAACGGAUGAACAACGUGCAGUAUAUGAAGAAAUUAUGAACGCAGUUCAUGGAGACAAUGGAGGAGUAUUUUUUGUUUACGGUUAUGGCGGGACCGGUAAAACGUUUUUAUGGAAAACAUUGUCUGCUGCAAUUAGGUCAAAAGGUGAGAUUGUAUUAAACGUUGCAUCUAGCGGAAUUGCAUCAUUGCUGUUGGAGGGAGGAAGAACGGCUCAUUCUAGGUUUCAUAUACCUUUGAAUCUUAAUGAGGAUUCCGUUUGUCAUAUAAAACCAGACGAUGAUGUAGCUAAAUUACUACAGCAGACCAAACUCAUUAUAUGGGAUGAAGCUCCUAUGGUUCAUAAACAUGCAUUUGAGGCUUUGGAUAGAUCUAUGCAUGACAUUUUCAAUAUAUCUAAUCCAUCCAGGUCUGAUGUUUUAUUUGGAGGAAAGUGUAAGUUGUUGACGUUAUCUAGAAACAUGAGGUUAACUGUUGGAAGACCAUCAUCUGAAGUUGAAGAGAUCAGUAAUUUUGCAAAAUGGUUGUUGGACGUUGGUGAGGGAAAUGUUGGUGGUUCCAAUGAUGGAGAAGCAAUAAUUGAAAUACCACCUGAGCUUUUAAUUGAUAGCAUAUCUGAUCCAAUUUCUAGCCUGAUUGAUUUUGUUUAUCCGUUAAUUUUGGAGAAUUACAAUGAUCGUAAUUACUUUAGUACAAGAGCUAUACUUGCGCCUAAGAAUGAGGUUGUUCACGAGAUUAACGACAGAUUGUUGGCAGUAUUCCCUGGUGAAGAAAAAGAGUAUCUUAGUUCUGACAGUCUAUGCCCUACUGAAGAUGGCAAUGUUGAUCAGCAAAAAAUAUACUCCCCCGACGUGCUCAAUGGUCUCAAAGUGUCUGGUUUACCAAAUCAUAGGUUAGUGCUUAAAGUUGGUGUUCCAGUAAUGUUGUUGCGAAAUAUUGACCAACGAAAUGGUUUGUGUAACGGUACAAGGUUAAAGGUCACAAAACUUUACAGUCGUGUUAUUGAAGCUGAGAUAAUUUCUGGUGGUAAUAUUGGUUCUCGGACAUUCAUACCUAGAAUGAAUUUGGUACCUUCGGACCGAAAGAUUCCUUUUGCAUUUCAAAGGAGGCAAUUUCCAAUAACUGUAUGUUUUGCAAUGACGAUUAACAAAAGCCAGGGACAGUCGCUAUCUAAGGUUGGGUUGUACCUAAGACAACCAGUUUUCACACAUGGUCAAUUGUACGUAGCUUUAUCCAGGGUUACAAGACGAGAUGGAAUCAAGUUACUAAUACUUGACAAUGAUGGCAGGCCUACAAAUAAAACAACCAAUGUUGUAUAUAAAGAGAUAUUCAAUGGAUUGUGA